GGACAGCAGCGGGGCGGAGUGGUGGGUUGCGUUCUGGUGACCCCCGCGGGAAGAUGAACGGAACGCGGAACUGGUGUACCCUGGUGGACGUGCACCCCGAAGGCCAGACCGCGGGCAACGUGGACAUUCUCAGGCUGACUCUCCAGAGUGAACUGACAGGAGAUGAACUUGAGCACAUAGCCCAGAAGGCGGGCAGGAAGACUUACGCCAUGGUGUCAGGCCGCUCAGCUGGUCAUUCCCUGGCUUCAGAGUUGGUGGAAUCCAACGAUGGACAUGAGGAGAUCAUUAAGGUAUACUUAAAGGGAAGGUCUGGAGACAAGAUGAUCCAUGAGAAGAAUAUUAACCAGCUAAAGAGUGAGGUUCAGUAUAUUCAGGAGGCCAGAAACUGUCUGCAGAAGCUCCGGGAGGAUAUAAGUAGCAAGCUUGACAGGGAUCCAGGAGACUCUCUCACGCAACAGGAGAUACAGGUGGUGCUAGAAAAGCCAAAUGGCUUUGGUCCCACCACCCUGUACAAUAGCUCACCCAAGCUGGACACUUACGAAACUGAAGACGUGGAGAGCUUGAGGAAGACUGUGCAGGACUUGCUUGCCAAGUUGCAGGAGGCUGAACGACAACACCAGUCAGACCGUGUGGCUUUUGAGGUCACACUCAACCGGUACCAACGAGAGGCAGAACAGAGUAACAUCGCCCUUCAGAGAGAGGAGGACAGAGUGGAGCAGAAAGAGGCAGAAGUGGGGGAACUGCAGAGGUGCUUGCUGGCGAUGGAGAUGGAGCAUCAGUCCUUGCUGGCAAGAGUCAGGGAAGGAGAGAUAGCCCUAGAGGAACUUCAGAGCAAGAACGCUGACUGCCAAGCAGAACAAGAAAAGGCUGCUACCCUGGAAAAGGAAGUGGCUGGGUUACGGGAGAAGAUUCAUCACUUAGAUGACAUGCUCAAGAGCCAGCAGCGCAAAGUCCGGCAAAUGAUAGAGCAGCUCCAGAAUUCAAAAGCUGUGAUCCAGUCAAAGGAUGCCAUCAUCCAGGAACUCAAGGAAAAAGUUACCUAUCUGGAGGCAGAGAAUUUAGAGAUGCAUGAUCGCAUGGAACACCUGAUAGAGAAACAGAUCAGUCAUGGCAACUUUAGCACCCAGACCCGGGCCAAGACAGAGAACCUGGGCAGUGUUAGGAUAUCGAAGCCCCCCAGCUCUAAGCCCAUGCCUCUUAUCCGAGUGGUGGAAACCUGAGCUGUGAGGAGAUGGACGCCAACAUUGCUGCUGCCUCUCGCCUGGGAGAAGUCCACCACCCCCAUAGGCUUUUACACUGACUCUGACUUCCUGAUUGUUUCCUGGCUGCACCCAGGGCUCAAGGCUCACGUGUGCUACAAGUCCUAAGUUCCUCCCUGUCCCAUUUGCUGGGCAGAUGGAUCAUGAGUGCCUCCUCUGGCCAUUGAACCCUUUGAAUGACGCUAUCCUCCCAGCAGGGGCUAUGCAGUCCAGUCCCUGUUUUUCCCUGUAGCAGAGCCUCCCUUCUGUCGGACACUGGAGUCUUGACUGUUCCAGAAGCCAGUUCUUCCUUGGAUUUGGGCAAGAUGACAAGAUUUGUCUCAGCCUGAGAAGUUGGAAGCUCAGAAGUCUAGAGUGAUUGGAGUGUAUCCUAGAGGAACGAAGUUCCUUCUGCAAACACAGCUCCACUCUUAGCAACAAACUGUUUAUCUGCUUGCUCCACCCUCAGCCCAUGCUGAAGUAGGCCUUGUACUGACAGAGGGUGGGGCAGCUUGUCCAGGCCUGGUCAGUCAGGGAGCCUAAACUUAGAAAGGACAGCCUUAUCUUUCUGCAGACAAGGAAAUAUACAAUCAGGGAGGCGCUAUGAUCAGGAAGAUUUUCCAGGCCGUGGACAGAUAAGUGAUUUCUCUCUGCUGUGAAAACUCCAGAAUCUCUUAGGGUUUUCCCCUAUAGCGCACACCAAAAGACAUGUCUCAGUCUUCCUGAUGCAGAGCCUGAAAACUUUUCAGAGUUGCAUCAUUCCCAGAAAAGCCCUCAUCAUAUUUAUUUUGCUAAGUUAUUGGUGGUUUUGCUUACAUCUCAUAAUUGAUUUAAUACCAAAGUUCUGUAGCCUUCUCUUGAGGUAUUUGGGUUUAUUUGAAACUGAGAAACGUGUUCUCAUUGGUGUUGUUAUUUCAGAAUACUAUGGUGAUGAAUCUUCCUCUGCCUUUCCUCCACCUACCUGUUCUCCCCUCCUCCUCCAUGGUGGAUCUGUGCCUCGGGAAGGCAAGCAUCUUCCCCUGUGGCAUGGGGACUGAAUGCAUGCGGAGGGAACAGUGAUCAGGACUCUGCUGGAGGGAGGGGUGGCUUUCCCCUAAGCUCUCAGACCGCUUUAGUCCGUGGUUGGUCUUUAUCCUAACUCUGAAUGACCUUGCGGCUUGUCAUGUUUUCUUUAGGGCUUUCCUAUAGCCUUAAGAAGAGGAUAAGCAUCAGAGUGUGGUACUGUAGGAAACAGAAAAUGUAAAAAUACAUAGGGAUUUAGUCUUUGACUCUACAAGAAGCCUUUAAGUGUGUGUGUGUGUGUGUGUGUGUGUGUGUGUGUGUGUGUGUGUGUCAGGACUGGAUUCCCAUCCUGGCCUUGUCUAUAAUAGUGUUUUGAGACAUCAGACAGGUGUCUCAUUUAUAAAAUGAGCAGGUUGGACCAAUGAUCUCUGUGUCCCUUCCAGUUCUUACGGUUUGUUUUCUAUAAUGUAGUCUUUGUGUGCUGAAUGUAAUAAAUUAUGUUCAUGUGUCUCUUUGA